AUGGACCAGCGCGCUGUAUUGCAGCUCGCGGUGCUAGCGUCAUUGGCCACGAUAAGUGCAUUUGUGGCCAUUAGCCUAUAUCGUAAGCGAAACCACCAUCAGCAUCUUAAGGAUGUAAAGCGGUCACAUGUGACUGAUACCGCUUCAAAAUCAAAGGUAGCACAACAGCAAACGCAGCAGAAAUUCCCGGUCACACAGAAUGUUGAUGCCAAGCCGAUCACUAACACAAACAUUGGUGAGUAUGAGGCCUCGUUGGCUACCAAGAAGUAUAAAGCCGGUGAAUACGACGAUGCUGUACAAUUAUACUCGGUCGCUAUCUCUUUGUGCGAACAGCAACAGCCGCUAGAUGUUCGAAAUCUCAAGGUCAUGUAUUCGAACCGUGCCGCAGCCUACGAAAAGCUAGUGAACUUUGAAAACGUGGUGAAGGAUUGCACGAGUGCCCUGCAGCUUGAUAAGCGCCACCCCAAGUCCUACCUGCGUCGCGCUAAGGCUAGGGCUAGUACCGGUGAUCUGCGUGGCGCUCUGGUAGACUACGUCUGCCUGCUGGUAAUCGCUGAGGAGAAGCAAGAGCAGGUGGACGAGAAUUUAGCUCAGGAGAUUAGUCGUAUCCACAGCGAAAUUACGGCUAGAGAAAUUGAGGACGCCCAGCAAAACAUACAGAAACCCAUGCGCUAUCUGCCCGAUCAGUUCUUCAUCACAUCGUACUUUUCGUCGUUUCAUCCAAGUGAUGAUGAGAACGACAUUCUUGCCGAAAAAUCAUCUAAAGAAUACACGGCUGAGCUAGAGUCAAUCGCGGAUGAAGGUGAUUAUCGUCGUCAGCGUGGCUUACUACUGACCAAGCGGGGAUUGUCCUUGAAGAAGGAGAAAGAAUAUGAUAUGGCUGCUAAGGACUUUGACGCUGCAUGCAAGCUCGUGCAGUUCGAUGAUGAGGCGUUCUACACUGCUCAAAUUGAAAAUGGUACCUAUCACCAUCUGCGAGGCGAGUUUGAAUUUGCUCGUGAGUCAUUUGAAAAAGCGCUUGCUUCAAAGCCACACUCUAUUUUUGCCAAGAUCCGUAUGGGAGGUCUUUGCUUUGACCAAAAGGAUCUAAAAAAGGCACUGGAGUGGUUUGACAAGGCCCUUAAAGAAAAGUCUGAGUGCUCAACUGCGUUUUUUCACCGUGGCCAGCUCCACUCGAUUGAUUUGCAACCCGACGGAAGUAGUAAUGGGUCGUCCAUGACAGCUGCGCUGAAGGACCUAGAAAAGUGCAUCAGUAUCGCACCUGACUUCGCUAUGGCAUACAUUCAGCUAGGCGUGACACAUGCGCGCAACGGCAACUUUCAAGGUGCUGUGGAAUACCUUACGACGGCAGCACGCAUCACACCCGAAAUUCCAGAAAUUUAUAACUACCUUGGCGAAACAUACAUGCAGAUGCUGCAAAUUCCUGGCAGCAGUGUGGACAUGAAGACUGUUGAGCAAAUGUUCGAAAAAGCGAUUGAGCUGGAUCCGUCCUACCCGAUGGCCUACAUUAAUCAGGGUAACUUGGUAGUGCAAAAAGGCUCAGAGUAUGGCCAUCAGGCUCUUGCUUUGUUUGAGAAGGCCGUAGAGAUGUGCCCGCGUUCUAAAUUUGCGUAUUGCCAUUUGGCUCAGGUGUACAUGGCAAUGCAAGAGUACUCACGUGCCAUUGAGCAGAUCGACAAGGCCGUACUUUUUGCUUUUAGUAAGGACGAGUUAAAUGAGCUCUUUGCCAUUCGUGUGACUGCUGAAACGCACCAACAGGCUGCUAAGCUCCUCCAGUAA